UUUUUACCUAAAACAAAAGAAAGGAUAAUAUUAAAACAAGAAAUUGUUAAUAGGCCUUAUCGGUCUUUAAAAUUAAAAAAUAAAACUAACUAGUAAUUUUGCCUUUGAUUUUAUGGUCAAGUCCUCCUUUUGCGUGUUUUAGUGGGUAAAGUGUAAAUUGGUAAUUGAAUAGUAGGUUUAAGUCGACUUAUAAACUGUUCAAAGUCAAUGGCUUCAGACUAGUACUGGUUUAGCAUUAUAUGGAUGGAUGGAGUUAUUCUUCAUCGUCUCUCUCUCUGACUAGUCGGAUUUUGUCGUAAUGCAAUAUCUCAACAUCUUUCCAUCUUCCCCUCUCUUCUGAGCGAUCUCCAUCUUCCUCCUCCCAAAAUCUGUAGAAGCCUACUAUGAUUUCUACUCAAAUUGCAAUACUAUAUUAAAUGGAGCUUCGUUAAUUAUCAAAGACAGUAUAUCAAUUGAGAAAUUAUUAAAUGGCGGUACAUGAUCAAAAUCCAAAUUAAUUAAAAUUUAUCUUACUCUUUUUAUAAUAUUCUUGCAAGUCUUUUUUCUAAUCUCGGAGAUUUGAUUGAAAUUACUGGUUACCAGCUAGCAGUGUCUUUUAUUCCAAAUAACUAAUUGGGCCGGUUGCAUGUAAUUUUAGAUUGACAUUGUCAACAAAAUUGACUGUUUCUUUUCCCCCUUUCAUAAUUUCAUAGGCCCCAUGGAACAAAACCAUUCAUGAUAAAAGUCCUAUCAUUCAUGGCUCCAUUUCAUAUAAUAUUGGACUGCGUUUCUUUUUUAUCACACUGUUUGAAGUUUGCUUUUCUACUUUAUAGCAAUUUAUUUAGUAUACAAUUCUUAAUUAGGAUUUUGAAAUAAAUAAUAAAUAAGAUAAAUUCCACUUAGAUCCUUCUACAAUUUUAGUUACCUUCUAAUUUAUGUAACAGAUUUCUCUUAGCUUUAGGUAUUUAAUGGAGACAAACAUAAUUUAUUGAUUUUAAUAGCAAAAAAUUGAUAGAUCAUCAAUUUUGCCUUUUUGGUGUCCGAAAACAAAUAUUUCAUGAGCAAAAUAGUAAAAUAGAUAGACCGUCAUUAAUAAGUUACACUGGUUUGAAAAACUUAGAAAAUAUAAGUGAAAUUUAUUUUUAUAAUAAAUAUAAGAAGCAUGAUUCUUAUACCGAAUAACUGCAGUAAAUUGUUAGAUCUACUCUUUUAAAUGGUCAAUUAUGCAACAAAUAAGGAAGUGGAGCCCUCUGUUUAGUUGUGUUUGGUAUAAAUAUCUAAUUAAAAAUUAUUGGAUUACGCAAUUCACUAUAAAUGUUCAGUAUAAGUAUCACUACUCAAAAUAUAAAAAGAAAAAGAAAAAAAAAGAAAAGAAAAGAAAAAAAGAAUAGAACUCAAUCUUUGGCCGAGAUGAUCCGACGUCUUAAUUCAGGUUCAUAAUUUGACUUACAAAUAAACAGGUCUAUCUGAAUUUUCAGCUUCCCGUCCAGCCCCAUAACUAUUUCCUCCUUGAUGGUGAGGAAAACAAUUGGAUUUAGACUUUAGAAGGAUUUUACUAUAUAGACCACAGUAGACACCCAAACAUGAUUUACUGGUCGGAGUCACGUGAACAAUAUGAUGGAAUAAUGUUCUUCAAGAAAAGUAUAUAUAUAUAUAUAUAUAUAUAUAUAUAUUUUUCCGGCAGCUAGAAAAGUAUAUCUGCACCUAUGAUUGGAGUUAUGAAAUUUUAUUCCACUGCCAUUUCAGAGUCAAGAUAAUGGAAAAGUCAAAUGCACUGUAUUGAACAUAUUACUUUUAAAAUUUUAAAUUAAAAGAUAUCUAGGACAGAAUUAGCCCGUUAUCAACUUUAUUAUGGCCUAGCUAGUUUGGGAUAUAAUUUUCAUUCUUUUUAGUCCAAUCCCAUUUAUUUAUUUACUUAUUUUUUUUUUUUGGGAGUAAAUGAUCCAAUCUAUAACUUAAUAAACUCUAGAGAGAUUACGGUGUUGUAAAGUGGAAAAAGGCUUUGUCUUAUUGUCCCUAAUUAUGAUUCUAGAUUGGAAUUCUCUUUUCUUUAACUACACUAAUUAUGAAUUUUCCUUGUUAGGUUAAAAAAAAAAAAAAAAAAAUUUGACCUAAUUUAUGUUUUAAAAGGGACCAUAUUACAAUAGAAUUAAGUUUGGAUCUGGAUGGGCUAGCUUGACUUGGAACUAGUUUAAUAGCGUUUCUCAAUUAAGUAAAUAAAUCAAUCUAAGGAGGUUAUAAAAUGAGUGUCAUAACUCUGAAACAUUUUAACAGUGCAUAGGAAGUGUUAGGGGCGCACAAAUAUGCCAUAACACUUGGAAAAACGAAAUCAUAACCUAACGUAGACUUCUUAGAUGAGGGUGUUUAAGAGUGUAUCAGAAGAGAUUGACUUGAUCAAUUUAACUUUUAGUAUUAUUGAUAAUUUAUAUAGUUUUAAAUUCAUUCAAAAGCUUAGACUAGGCUUGUUUGGUUCAGAAUUUUUUUUUACAAAAAAAAAAAAUAAAUAUAAAAAAAUUAUACAAAAAAAUAUAUGUUUGGUCAACAGUUUUUAAAAUUAUUUUUUGAAAACUAAGCUAGAAAAGGUAUGGUUUUGAUAGUUUGAUCAAAAUCAGAAAAUUAUACAAAAAUUUAUUUGGUUGGUAGUUUCUAAAAAUUAUUUUUUAAAAUUUUAAUUUAAAAUUUUUGUAAUUUUCUUUAUUUUUGAGUUCUUGAGAAAUUUUUUCCAAGUAACAAACUAAACUAGCCCUCUGUUUUUAAAAAAAUUAUUUUUUAUAAUUUUUUAAAUUAUUGAGAAUUGCUUUCUAAAUAAAAAGAAAAAAGAAAAAAGAAAAAGAAAAAGAAAAUAAAAAUUCGGUGGCGGAGAAUUUGUACGUGUCAACAGCUUGCCAUGAAUUCAACUUAACAAUUUUCCAAGCAACAGUUAAUUAGUCAUCCAUAUCAGCUAUAGUCAUCCAUAUCAGCAGCCAUCUGUGUCUCUGUCUCUCUCUGAAAAUUCUAAAUAAAUUAAGUUCACGUUUCUUUGUCAAAGCAAAUGGGCUGGUUUAUCUGUUUACAUUACAUCAGGACAGAACCUUCCCAUCUCUUUGUCCUUUUGAAAGGCCCUCAACUCAUUAACAUCAAUCAAUAACCCACCAACCCACACCUCCAUCUCACCAAAUUCUCUCUCUUUUUCCAUUCAUGAAUCAUGAUAUUUUACAAAUGUAUGCCCAACUCUUCUCUUUAUCCCUCUCUCACUACUGCUCCACCAUCUUCUUAUUAUUAUUCAUCACCACCUUCUCAACAUCUCAAUCUGAAGACCAUGAAAUGUUCUCGGAGUGCAGAAAUCAAACCUACAACUGUGGCCAAAACAUAAAGGGCAUAGGGUACCCUUAUUGGGGUGAUGGACGACCCCAGUACUGUGGCCAUCCACUGUUCCAGCUCAAGUGCCAAAACAACGACUACCCGGUUAUAGACAUCGAUGAUCAUACCUUCCGUGUACUAGGGAUCAACUCAUCCGGUUACACCAUCACUAUGGCACGGUUAGACCUAUGGGAUAAUCACUGUCCUCAGACAUUGACUAAUAUAACUUUGAACACCACCUUCUUUGGCUAUCCUUCAACUGUCCGAAACCUGUAUAUAUUCUACAACUGCACCUCAAAUUUUACCAUAGACUUCGUGAUCAGGAACAACUUCACAUGUGACUUCGAUGGUUCUAGUGAAAGUAACGGCUUUUACGCGGACGAGUCAUUCUUGAGGAUUCAACUGAACGGGAGUUACGGGACCUCAUGCGAAGAUGGAAUUGAAGUUUCGGUUCUCAAGACGAGUUUGGACGGACUUUGGAAUGGCUCGGUGAAUCUGCAAAAAGCUUUGAAUUUAGGGUUUGAGGUUAUCUAUAAUACAGACGAUUUCCAAUGUGCGGCGUGUGAGACCUCCGGUGGGACUUGUGGAUUCAAUCUUGCUACGCGCGAAUUUGUCUGCUUUUGUCACGACCAGCCUCACCGUCGAACUUGUCAAGACCGUGGGCAUAAAUUAAAUCUGGGAUUGAAGUUUAUUAUAGGUUUUUGUUCAGUUGUGAUUGGCAUCUUGCUUAUGGGCCUUCCUUUUUACUUCUAUCAUCGCCGAAACAAGAAACUUUACACUGCUUCACGUUUGAUUUCUCGAAACAAUUCCUCAUAUUCCUCUUCAAUGGUAGAUCUUGACCAACCUGGAACCUACUUAGGACUCCAAAUAUUCAGCUACAGUGAACUUGAAGAAGCCACUAAGAAAUUUGAUUCAGAAAAGAUACUUGGAGAUGGAGGAUUUGGCAUAGUAUACCUAGGCAAACUCAAAGAUGGGCGCGCUGUUGCAGUCAAGCGCUUGUACGAAAAUAGUUAUAAGAGGGUUGAGCAAUUCAUGAAUGAAAUAGAGAUUCUCUCGCGCUUGCGCCACCAAAAUCUUGUUUCCCUCUAUGGCUGCACCUCACGCCACUGCCGUGAGCUCAUACUUGUAUACGAGUACAUUUCUAAUGGCACUGUUGCUGAUCAUCUUCAUGGUGAAGGAGCAACGCCCGGUUCACUUGCAUGGACUACCCGAAUGAGCAUUGCCAUAGAAACAGCAACUGCAUUGGCAUACCUUCAUGCUUCUGAUGUUAUCCACCGAGAUGUCAAGACCAACAACAUUCUCCUUGACAACAAUUUCUGUGUUAAAGUAGCCGAUUUUGGGCUCUCUCGCCUCUACCCAACUGAUGUCACCCAUGUGUCCACUGCUCCACAAGGUACUCCAGGAUAUGUAGACCCCGAGUAUCAUGAUUGCUACCACCUUACAAAAGAAAGUGAUGUCUAUAGUUUUGGGGUGGUCCUAAUUGAGCUUAUAUCAUCCAUGCCUGCUGUUGAUAUCACUAGAAAGCGGCAUGAAAUCAAUUUGUCUCACUUGGCUAUCAGCAAGAUCCAAAGCAAUGCAUUGCAUGAGCUUGUCGAUCCAAGUAUUGGUUUUGAAUCAGAUUACAAGGUAAAGAAUAUGGUCACUGAUGUAGCAGAGUUGGCAUUUCAAUGUUUACAGAAUGAGAGGGAAAUGAGGCCAUCUAUGGAAGAGGUGUUGGAGGCUCUAAUAGGAAUUCAGAGAAGGGACGAUGAUAUACAAAAGACAAGUAUAGAUAUUCCAGCAGAUGAUGUUGUUCUGUUGAAGAAUAAUCCACCAACACUUUCACCAGAUUCUGUGACUACAAAAUGGAUUAGCACAUCAACAUCUGAUUUCAGUGGCUAAUUUUUGUCCGAUCAUUUCAUCAAAUUUUCAAGUCCAUAGCGAAGAAUCGUGAAAGAGUUACCAACUAUCAUAUCCAACAUGGUAUUAAUGUCAUAUUCUUUUCAUCUAUUAUAAGUUGGUACCUUGGAGGGUAUGUACAUAUAAAGUAGCAGCUGUCUUUGAUAUUAAAAGUUCAUGGUCUUGGUAGUUACGAAUUCUGAUUGAUUUUUUGUGUGUGUGUGUGUGUAUUGCAAUUAACAGUGUGACAAAUUCAUAUGUUUUAUUACAUUA